CUAAUCAAAGAUUUAAGUUUUCUCUAUAAAAUUAAUCAGUUUUCAUGAUACGCAAUUGAAAACGUAAAAAUUGUUAGCAAAUAUAGCAUAGGAGAGAAUUUAACAGUGAAGCCCUUAAAAUACUUUACGUAAGGCUUAAAUGAAUUAGCUCCCUUCUCGUACUUUCGUUCAGUUAACAUGUAGUCGAUUAUUCAGAGGUCGACAAUCAUGAGAAUGUUUCGUUACUUAUACUAUCAGACGUUUUAAAUUUUUGUUGAAAUCUUUCUUCUUCUUUUUUUUUUUUAACUAUCGUGAUAACGUUUAUCGAGAAAAUUGUUAUCAUCCUGGGAAGAUGGAAGUGCUUAUUGACUGUUACUUCGACAGAUUGUUUGCCGAGUUGGAACGCAGUUGUCUCGCUUCGCGAUACAAACGACGAGAACUCGUCGGAUAUUUUUCAGAUGUCAUAAACAGUUGUGCGGAAGCGGAGAAACUGGACAAGCAAGACGUCUGCGAGAGAAUAGUAGAGUCUGCUCUACGUUAUCACAACAUUACCAUGAUGGAAAAUGGUCAAGUUUGUUUAUUAGGAAAAUUUCAUAAUGUUCUUUAUGUAGCAGCUAAACUUUGUUUCGAUUGGAAGCUACGCAAUAACGAUAUAGUUACUCGUUUGUUAAACGACAUAUUCUAUUGCGAGAAGACAUUUGAAAGAAUUUUUGUUGGUGCUAUAUUUGGUAUUAGAGUGACGCAUUUUUUAUCCGGUUGGAAAAGCGACUUUGAAGAUCGGGAGGAAAAUAUCAAUGCGUUGAUAUACUUUAUGGAUCAUGCAGUUAAAGGCAAAUUGGAAUAUCGUUGCGCGUCAUCAACUAUAAAGUCUCGUUUCAUUGACGUUCCAAUGGAAUCUUAUGGUCAAGUUGUUCCGCUCAGAGUUGCGAUUCAACAUGGUGCACCUGAUAUACUUAUGAUAAUGUUGCGAUAUGGAGCUUCGAUAGAAUCGGACAAGCUGGCACCUUCACCGAUAGAAAUUCUCCUUGCUAAAUUGAACGAAUACGAUGUUCCAUCAGCUAAAGAAAAAAGGAACUUUCCGAAAGAUUUAAUAAUAUGUUUGAAAUUACUUCUAAGAACUAUACCUAUGGCAAAUGUAAAAACACCAACUCAUAUAGCUGCUCAGAGCGGAGUCUUUAGCGUUGCUAUGUACGAACAUUACCCUAAUCUUGUGGAACAAAAUCUUGUGCCACCGGAAAGAAGCGGAUUAUGUCCACCUGAAUUAAUGCAUCUUUGUCGUUGUAGUAUAAGAGAAAUAUUGUUUCGAAAUUGGGCUCUUCCACACGGCAUUCAAAAACUUCAAAUACCCCAGACUUUGAGAAAUUAUUUGGAUAUAAUGUGCGAUUGAUCGAAAUUCAUUUCAUAUUUCUUUCGUAUAAAUAAGGAAAAGGAAAAGAAUCUAUGGAAGUCGUUGAUUACGGCGAUGGCUCAUUCGGAACGAGAAAAGAGAUAGAUAAAUGUUUCCAGAGGUAGAAAGAUUCUCCUUAUCUGUUGAUUGGUAUUCAUUAGGACCGAUAAAGACAAGUUCUUUGUGAAAAGUAUGGACGAUCAUGCGGCUCUAUAGCCAUUACGGUAAAACUGUACGAUGAACUAAAGCUUUCUAAUCUGCUGAUCUCCCUAAUACUUCGGGCUAUUUUCUGGAUUAAAGCGUCGUAAUUAAUUUAAUACUGAGAGUCUUAUUCGAAUUACGGAAUUGUGUUUAUCUAACUUUGAACGAAUUUAAAGCGCGUGUAUCAGAUUUAGAAAAUUUGAGAAAAAUCUUGUACAUAAUAUACUCCUGAACGAAAAUUAUAUGAAAAAGUUUGACUUAAAACGAAUUAAAAGUAAAAAAAAAGAUAUUUAUUAUUGCAACACAUAGGUAUCUAUAACUUUGAAUAAAACAAUUAACUCGAACUUGCUGGUAAAUAUUUUUCAACGCGCCAUUAAGGUAAUUCGGCACUUUUCGUAAUUAGUUGUCCGUUAUAUAUCGAAGAAAAACUUUCAAGUUUAUUAGUCAUUGAUCGAUGAUAAAAGGAAACAGAUGUAAGUUAAAGUAACUUGCGUCAAGCACACGGAUAACGUGUAAAUUACGAGAAAACUAUCCGUAAUAUCGGCAUAACCGACGAUCUCGUAAAUCAUAGAGAAUUUUCAACGCGACUAAACGCGAAGGGAAACGGCUUUCCCGUCAAUAGUACGAGCUGAUCGAUAAUUGCGCGUAAUAUUCCGACCUUACGACACGCGUGCACUCCUUCCUUUGGAAAAUUCAUACCUAAAUAUACGUAAAUACCUAUGUACGUAUUAACGCAACUCAAAGCUGAGAACAUUACGGAGAACGGUAUGGCGAGUGUCGAUGAAAGAGAGUUGAAAGAAAAAAAGAAAGCGGACGAAUGAAGAAAAAAAAAAAAAAAAAAAAAACAGAAAAAAUAAUUGCCUCUUACCUCGGUGCGAACCGCCCAACACGAUUUAAUCGCUCGUUUCGUUCUCCCGCGUUUGCCUUCGAGUUCGCUAUAGUCGCAUAUAUCGUUUAUGUGUGCACGUGUGUAUGUAUAUAUCUAUCUACGACCAUUUUAAAAGUCGAUCGUAUAACUUUCGAUGGAAGUCGAUGCCUUUUACUUUGCUUCUACGUAUAAUGCUGAUAAAAUCCGUUAGCUCGAACGAAGUUGAAUUUCGAAUGAAAUUCCAAAUUUUAAAUCGUAUUUCUUAAAAUUCCAAAUUUUCACCUACAAUGCAACUACUUCUCGAGGAGAAAAGAUCUACGGGAUUAAACAAAUGGAAAAAUAUAUUUUGAAAGAGAAAAUCUUUCGAGAAAAUAUUUUUAUCUUCGUCGAACGAGAUAAUAUUCGCAGAUGAUGGUCAAUGACUCGGUGCAAGAAAUUUUUAUAAUCUUUUUUAAAAUGGCUCUCAACGAAUUUUCAGAAGAUUUUGCUGAAGCGCAACGUAUUAUUCAAACAAUGAAUUUCUAAUCGUUUAGCCUACGACGAUAGAUCCUCUAUUCUAUUAUUGUUCUUCCCACUAACAUAAUGCAAAACUUUCGAAAUGUGUGGUCAUGAUUGUAGUGUGAAGUGUUCUUCGAUUAAUAAUCUUUUAACAAUGUUACCGAUUAUUGUAUAGUACUAAUACUUGUAACAGAUUUCUAUGAAAUCAAAGAACAAUACAUCUAAUUCUUUUAUACCACGAAUAACGGACUUUUUCAUGAUUGAAUGACCAUGUGAAAAUAAGAAAUAAGAUACCACGUUAAUAAACAAUAAAAAUUCUAUGAAUUGUAUUUAUAAAAAGUAAUAA